GGUGCAGUGUUGUACUUGGAACUUCGCAGUCAUGUGACCUGGUCCAAAAUUCGGACACAGCACAGGAAGUGUAGAGGUUGAGUCACAUGACAGCAUGAUGAGGGGUGGUGCUUGAGUGUGGUGAAAAGAAGAGGUUAGCAGGUAGAUCAUUCAUCAUGUUGCUGUCAGCUUGUUGGCUGCUUCUCAUCUCUCUGGCAGGUGUCGUCUGCGGCGACGAGCUGACUGCGUUGAUGGAUGAAGUGUUGACAUCAGAAGGCGGUCAGGUGAUGCUGUCGUACUUUUACGCCAACGACAUGUCUAGUGCAGAGUACUUUGUCUGGUACAAACUUCUUCCAGGACAAGCGCCGCACUUCCUCAUGUCCCACACUGGACGUGGAAAUGUGAUAAAUGGCGCCCUGAAGAUGAGCGUGGAAAAAGAGCAGAGAAGAGUGAACAUGCUGCUGGAGAACGUAAACGUCAGCCACUCUGGAGUCUACUACUGUGCUGUGAAGACCACUGUGACAACAUGGCCUCCUCCUCCGUGCAAGAACUCUUCAUGGACACUUUCUACAGUCUCCACUAGGGGGACACCUCCACAAACUGUCACCUUCCAUGACAUUUCAUCACCUUGGUAACCUUCUGUGUGUGUUAAGGAAGUGAAGGGUGGGGCAUGUAAUGCAGUGGCACAUUGUGGGAGGCGGAGCUCCAUGGUGUCAUAUAAAGGAGGUGUCAUGGUGGUGGUUUCAGUGUUGUUGACCAGGAUGCGCCUCCCUCUGGCAUACGUGAUGGCACUCACCGUUCUGGCAGGGCGUGAUGGCAUCAUCCAUGGAGCAGGUGGUGGUUUUGGAGGGUGACGUGCUGACACUGUCCUGCAACUUCUCCGGGGGCGACACCGGACUGUCCUGGUACCAGAAGAAACAAGGUUCACCUCCACAGCUGCUGGUCAGAGAGUAUUCCCAAGCAGAAGACGAUUUAACAAAGUUCAGACGUGACGGAAGCAUGGGGACGUUCCAUGUGGACCUGAGGUGGUCUUCACUGCACCCCCAUGUUGUCAUCUACUGUGCUGUGAGGCCCACAGUGACUGUGACAGUGCACGUGGCUGCACAAUAACCGCACUGCAUCAUGCACAUGACCACUUCUCACUCUGUGUGUGCGUGUGUGUGUGUGUGUGCGAGAAGCACCUCCCACAGUGGGAUUAGGCCCUGCCUCCUCAGCCACCAAGUCAGCGUACAAGCAGCCCAGGAGUGCAAACAUGAAGCGUACGCUGGUGUGUGUGCUGAUGGCUGCCUGGAGCCUCGGUAGUGGCGAUCAGACAGUCAACCAGCCAGUGGGGGACAUGCACGCGAUGAAGGGCGACCCUGUGACGCUGGACUGCAGCUAUGAAAGCUCUGGAAGUAACGACUACAUCUUCUGGUACAAACAGAACGGCCAGGCGGCACCCGAGUUCAUCUUGAGUCGCUUCAAGAUCGGUCAGGGAAAGACGGAGAGACGCUUUGAGAACAGAUUCAGUUGCAGCAUCAACGCCACCGCCCACCGAGCUCCUCUGGUGAUCCAAGACGUGCAGCUGAACGACUCUGCCGUCUACUACUGCGCCCUGCAGCCCACAAUUGGAACCAGCAAAUUACUUUUUGGAAGCGGAACCAGACUGACUGUGGAAGACCAGGAGGACUGGGAGCCAUCGUUCUACAAAUUGGACAAAUUGGAGGGUAACGUGACGGCUUGCCUCGCCACUGGCUUUAGCAGACAAAACGCCAUGGAGACGGCAGGAAAAGGAGACGUGUUCCAGGGAUCGCAUGCUGUGCGGAUAUUGGGUGACUCGCUGUACAAUCAGGUGACACUGCUCUCGGCCGAGCACGCCGACUCAUGUGAGAAAGCAGGUGACAGUGGACCGGGGUGGUGCCAGGGCGCCUUGGCGCCAGACGAGAAGGUCAACCUGGUCUCUCUCACAGUCCUCGUCCUCCGUCUUGUCUUCGCCAAGACGCUCGCCAUCAACGGCGUCAUGACGCUGCGCCUGUGGCUCGCUGUACCCCAGUAGACCUCCAUGCGCCACGACCAUCACCUCCCCUUUCUGAAAGGAGCGGCUGUGUAUGUGUGUAUGUGUAUGUGGUGUUGCUUUUUGAGUUAAAUUUAUUACAGUCAAUAAAUCAAUAAAUAUCAUUGUUUUGGAUUAUUAAUAUCAUUUUGUGCAUCUGUUAUUAUGGUAUUGAUCCAUACAAUGCUUCAUAGUGAUAAUAAUCAAUAUAAUACACUGUGAUAAGUAAUGAUUCAAAACUUGUUUAGCUUUCAGUGUGUUUGCGUGCAUGUGCAGCUGUGCUCUGAUUGGCUCCCGCCCACAGAGCAUCUUUGUGACUCUUUCCACAGGAAGUGGUCACCAUGGCACUGCGUCACAGAUGUCAGCUGUGGUUGGGACAGGAUGUGGGCAGGUGCUCAAACACUCCUCGUCACUGUCGUCUUCACUUACUGUCAAUCACAUGACCUCUGCUGCCAUGACAGGAAGUGUACGACUCCACUACC